CGCCCGGAGCCCGGAGCCCGCGGGGACGAGGCCAGAGUUGGGCGCGCCGCGGAGUUGCGCCCGCGCCCGGGGCCCCGCGUCCCCGCGCCCCGCGAACUCCGGCGGCGGCUGAGGCGACGGCUGCGCGGCCCGAGCAGCAUGCCGAGGAGGAAGCAGCAGGCCCCCCGGCGCUCGGCAGCUUAUGUUCCCGAGGAAGAACUGAAGGCGGCAGAAAUAGAUGAGGAAAACGUGGAGGAGGAUGGGCUGCCCCUGGACAUUCCAGACAGCGACUACGUGUGCAAUGAGGAAACGGAGAUCAAGGAGGCCCAGAGCUACCAGAACUCCCCCGUCAGCACAGCCACCAAUCAGGACGCCGGCUACGGGUCACCUUUCAGUGAGAAUAGCGACCAGCUGGCCCAUUUCAAAAGCUCUUCCUCCCGAGAAGAGAAAGAGGAGCCCCAGGGUCCAGAGAGCGUCUCCUACCCGCAGGACAGCUUGGCACAAAUCAAGGCUGUGUAUGCAAACUUGUUCUCCGAGUCCUGCUGGUCCAGCUUAGCCCUGGAUUUGAAGAAGUCCAGUUCCGCCACCAGCAACAGCGAUGCCGGCCAGAAGGAGAGCGCCACCCCCGCCCCCACGCCCCCCGCCAGUACCGCGGGGACCACCGGGACCACCGCCAGCACCCCCAGCUCUGGUGCCGGCUCCAGCACCAGCACCAGCACCGGUGGCGGCGGCUCGGGGUAUGACUGGCAUCAGGCCGCCCUGGCCAAGACGCUGCAGCAGACGUCUUCCUACGGGCUGCUCCCUGAGCCCAGCCUCUUCAGUACCGUGCAGCUCUACCGGCAGAACAACAAACUGUAUGGCUCCGUGUUCACCGGUGCCAGCAAGUUCCGGUGCAAAGACUGCAGCGCUGCGUAUGACACGCUGGUGGAGCUUACGGUGCACAUGAACGAGACGGGCCACUACCGCGACGACAACCGGGACAAGGACUCCGAGAAGACCAAGCGGUGGUCCAAGCCCAGGAAGCGCUCCCUGAUGGAGAUGGAAGGGAAGGAGGACGCCCAGAAGGUGCUCAAGUGCAUGUACUGCGGCCACUCCUUCGAGUCUCUGCAGGACCUGAGCGUCCACAUGAUCAAGACAAAGCAUUACCAGAAAGUGCCUCUCAAGGAGCCGGUGCCAGCCAUCACCAAGCUGGUCCCUUCCACCAAAAAGCGAGCGCUUCAGGACCUGGCCUCGCCCUGCUCCCCGGAGCCGGUUGGGGUGGCGGCCGAAGCCGCGCUGAGCGAGUCGGCCAAGGACCAGAAGACAGCCAACCCCUAUGUGACGCCCAACAACCGCUACGGCUACCAGAACGGCGCCAGCUACACCUGGCAAUUCGAGGCCCGCAAGGCGCAGAUCCUCAAGUGCAUGGAGUGCGGCAGCUCCCACGACACCCUGCAGCAGCUCACCGCCCACAUGAUGGUCACCGGGCACUUCCUGAAAGUGACCACCUCUGCUUCCAAGAAAGGGAAGCAGCUGGUACUGGACCCCGUGGUGGAGGAGAAGAUCCAGUCCAUCCCGCUGCCCCCGACCACGCACACCCGGCUCCCCGCCGCCCACGUCAAGAAGCAGCCCGACUCGCCUGCGGGGUCCACCCCCUCGGAGGAGAAGAAGGAGCCCGAGAAGGAGAAGGCGCCGGCGGCCGGGGACGCUGACAAGAAGAUCAAGGAGGAGGGCGAGGACCCCCCCGAGAAGUUCGAGCCCACCACCCUCUACCAGUAUCUCCGUGAGGAGGACCUGGACGACAGCCCCAAGGGCGGGGUGGACAUCCUGAAGUCCCUGGAGAACACGGUCUCCACGGCCAUCAGCAAAGCCCAGAACGGUGCGCCCUCGUGGGGCGGCUACCCCAGCAUCCACGCCGCCUACCAGCUGCCGGGCACCGUGAAGCCGCUGCCGGCCGUGCAGAGUGUGCAGGUGCAGCCGUCCUACGCCAGCAGCGUGAAGUCGCUGUCCUCGGAGCACGGCGCGCUCCUGCACUCCCCGGGCAGCCUCACGCCGCCCCCCCACAAGAGCAACGUGUCGGCCAUGGAGGAGCUGGUGGAGAAGGUCACGGGCAAGGUUGUCGUGAAGAAGGAGGAGAGGCUGGCGGAAAGGAAGGGCUCGCCGGCCAAGGCGGCAUCCCCAGUGGCCAAGGCCGCGUCCCCGGUGGCCAAGGAGAAUAAAGACUUCCCCAGAACCGAGGAGCUCGGCGGUGGUGGCGGCCCCAAACCCCAGCAAAAGAAGGGCCCCGAAGCCGACGCGGGAAAGGCCAAAAAGGAGGGUGUGGUGGACGCCCACACCCCAAACGGCACAGAGCCUCUCAAGGCCAAAGUCACCAACGGCUGUAACACCCUGGGGAUCAUCACGGACCACUCGCCCGAGCCCUCCCUCAUCAGCCCGCUGAGCGCCCUGCAGUCCAUCAUGAACACCCACCUGGGCAAAGUGUCCAGGCCCGUGAGCCCCUCGCUGGACCCGCUGGCCAUGCUGUACAAAAUCAGCACCAGCAUGCUGGAUAAGCCGGCCUACCCCACCGCCCCCGCCAAGCAGCCCGGCGCCACCGACCGCUUCUACUACGAGAACAGCGACCAGCCCAUCGACCUGACCAAGGCCAAGAGCAAGCCCCUGGUGUCAGGUGCGGCCGACGGCGUGGCGUCCCCGCUGCGGGAGAGCGCGCUCAUGGACAUCUCGGACAUGGUGAAGAACCUCACCGGCCGGCUGACCCCCAAGUCCUCCACGCCCUCCACUGUGUCGGAGAAGUCGGACGCUGAUGGCAGCAGCUUCGAGGAGGCGCUGGAUGAGCUGUCGCCCGUCCACAAGAGGAAAGGACGGCAGUCCAACUGGAACCCCCAGCACCUGCUCAUCCUGCAGGCCCAGUUCGCCUCGAGCCUGCGGGAGACCCCCGAGGGUAAGUACAUCAUGUCGGACCUGGGCCCCCAGGAGCGGGUGCACAUCUCCAAGUUCACCGGGCUCUCCAUGACCACCAUCAGCCACUGGCUGGCCAACGUCAAGUACCAGCUGCGGAGGACAGGGGGGACCAAGUUCCUGAAGAAUCUGGACACAGGGCAUCCUGUUUUCUUUUGCAACGAUUGUGCCUCUCAGUUCAGAACUGCUUCCACGUACAUAAAUCACCUAGAGACGCACUUAGGCUUCAGCUUGAAGGAUCUCUCCAAGCUGCCGCUCAGUCAGCUUCAAGAACAGCAGAAUGUUCCAAAAGUCCUGGCCAACAAAGCUUUGGGCCCAGUGGGGGCUGCCGAGGACGACCUGGGCUCCACAUUCCAGUGUAAGCUCUGCAACCGGACUUUCGCGAGCAAGCACGCAGUCAAACUGCACCUCAGCAAGACCCACGGCAAGUCCCCCGAGGACCACCUGAUCUACGUGACCGAGCUGGAGAAACAGUAGCGCCGGGUCCGCGCCGGGUCCGCGCCCGCGGCCCGCGGCUCAUUGCACUAAACGUCGACGUCCUGCACUAGGCCCGGCCUGAGCCUCCGAAAUCAGCCUGCCCUUCGUUGCCGCCUGCCUGUCUGGACCUUGGUUUUUCUUACACGUAUUUUGUAGUUAUAUUUAUAUGCUCUUCGUCCAGUCUUGCACGCCCCUUUUGUUUUUCCCAUGAGUCAAAAUCUGACCUUUUUUUUCAACAGCCACCCUUGAUGUGUAGUUCUCUUUUGUAGGAAAUAGUGGGGCACACCACUCGGAGACAUUGAUUUAGCGGGAAAGAAAGACACCAAUCACAGUGAUAAAAGACAUCCUAAAAUUACAAAGUUGCCAUGACAGUAAAGGUCAGAGAACCGCCUAGUGUCAAAUUUAACCCUUUGAGGACUGUAAUCGCAUUUCUGUGCCUUUCACUCAAAAGAAAAAAAAAAGGAAAGAAAAAAAGGCUUAAAGGCAUUUCAUUCAGAUCAAAAGCUGUGUCAGACACAAAACUUAUUUAAUAAUUAAAAAACGAGCUUUUAUAUGCAGAACUGGUUUGCAGAGGAAGCAUGCAUGCAGCUGUUGGAAGAUAGAAAGUUGUCUAGGACUUGGGUGUUAGGAAGCCACAACUUCACACGUUUAAAACAAAAACAAAAAGCAAAACAAAACAAAAACUAACAACAACAACAACAACAAACACCCCAGUUGCCACUAUGCCCAAACCCUCUGGAUGCUGAAAAAUGCCACUUUUGGCAAAAAAAAAAAAAAAAAAAAAAGAAAGAAAAAAAAAGUAUGCAAGCUAUUAUUUAAAAAUGUGUAAAAAUGCUCUUUCUUUUUUCCUGUAAAAUACUGCGGUUUAUAGUUAUUUACAAAUGUAAGCUUUGGUACAAGCCGACCUUUCUAUAUGCGUGCUGCAUUGGUAAAUGAAAAAAAAUGGGGCAAAUGUUGGAGUCCUUUCCUUGUAAAUUGCAGGCAUCAGCUUAAAAACUCCUGUAUGUUACUUCUCGUACCAUUUUAAUCUAUUCAACUUUCUUUGUACCUUCUGGCUGUAUGCUUUCUCUUUUAACUUUUUAUAUUGUCAUUUUAUAUUAAAUUUCUGUGUAUAUAAUGUAAAACCACAAUUUUUGAAUAAAAUUUAGUUCCUGCAGCUUGAUUUAAAUAGAGAAAUUUUACUACCAACCACCUGCAUCUUUCCAGAUGCAUGUAUAUCAGACGAAAAUAAAUAAGUGAAAACAAAGCAAGCAGUGCACUGUUAAUUAUACAUUUUGACGUCCCAUCAUUAAUAUUGUACAGUACCUUUUGGUUCACACAGUUAAACCCACUGUUUCCUCAAAUGUAAAAUAAACCCACAUGCAGUUCUUGAUUUA